GGUCGCGUCGUCUGCUUCGAAAAGUGUGUUGUAAUGUUUAUCUACUUGAGGCGAGGCUUGCGAGGAGGGGCACGGGCACGUGUAGCGGCUGAUAAGUCAUUCUGUGACGACAGCGGCAACGACAACGACAGGCGAGUCAGUUACCAUAUUCCGCAAUGGCGCUCCAAGUCCAUUCUCGCCUGUCAAAAUCCUGCUUCAACUUUGGCAAACUGCUCUGUCGUUCACCUCGCCGGCUGCUUUCCACCCACUAUCCCAUUGAUGAGAAAAUUUUUGGACUGAGUUCAGAACAGCUGCAGUUGCGGGAGACCAUCUUCAACUUUGCUCAGAAAGAACUCGCACCUAAAGCUGCUGAAAUAGAUAAAUCUAAUGACUUCAAGGACCUCAGAACUUUCUGGCGGCAAUUGGGUGAAUUGGGUGCUCUGGGAAUUACUGUUCAAUCUAAAUAUGGUGGGAGCGACGGAGGAUACCUUGACCACGUUGUCAUAAUGGAGGAGCUUAGUCGUGCCUCUGGAGCGAUUGGAUUGAGCUAUGGCGCUCAUUCUAAUCUGUGUGUUAAUCAGAUUCAUCGCAAUGGAACAGAAGAACAAAAGAUGAAAUAUCUACCCAAGCUCUGCUCUGGUGAAUAUUUUGGUGCAUUGGCAAUGUCUGAACCAGGAUCAGGGUCAGAUGUGGUGUCCAUGAAACUCAGAGCAGAUAAAAAAGGAAACAGCUAUGUUUUGAAUGGCAAUAAAUUUUGGAUCACAAAUGGGCCAGAUGCUGAUGUUCUGGUUGUAUAUGCUAAGACUGAUACAAAGACUUCUAAACCCCAACAUGGUAUUACAGCAUUUUUAAUUGAGAAAGGAAUGCCAGGUUUCACCACUGCUCAAAAAUUGGACAAACUCGGUAUGCGAGGAUCAAAUACUUGCGAGCUAGUUUUUCAAGACUGUGUUGUUCCUGAAAGCAACAUACUAGGUGGCCUUAAUAGAGGAGUGUAUGUUCUAAUGAGUGGUCUGGAUCUUGAAAGACUAGUUCUUGCAGGAGGACCUUUAGGCAUCAUGCAAGCAUGUUGCGAUACAACAUUCAAUUAUGUUCAUGAGAGAAAGCAAUUUGGUCAGCGAAUUGGUGAAUUUCAACUCAUCCAAGGAAAACUAGCUGACAUGUACACCACUUUGAGUGCGAGUCGCUCUUAUCUGUACAAUGUAGCCAAAGCCUGUGACCUUGGCAGUGUCAACCGAAAGGAUUGUGCCGGUGUUAUUUUAUAUUUAGGCGAAAAAGCAACUCUAAUGGCCUUGGAUGCCAUCCAGUGUCUGGGUGGUAAUGGUUACAUCAAUGACUACCCCACUGGGCGACUUCUGAGAGAUGCUAAGUUGUACGAAAUAGGAGCAGGCACAAGUGAAGUACGGCGAAUGAUUAUUGGUCGUGUCUUGAAUGAAGAGUAUAAGUGAUUGUCCUCUGCCUAAGGCCAGUUUCAUAACGAAUCUCACAGGCAUCUUUUUUCUGUUGUGUACUUAAUUUUAAAACUUCAUUUCAGAUUAGUUAUCCAGAUCUACAAUUGUGUACCUGAAUGUGAUAGAACAUAUUCCAAUAUUUUAUACAUUCUUCUUUUGUUUUGUUAUAAUAUUUUUCUUGAAAGUAAUAAAAUAAUUUUUUAAAAGUGCUGUUGA